AGCUCCUGCUGCCCCUGAAGCCCAAUUGAGGAAGCCAGUGGCCGCCAGGCUCCGCUGCCCGGCCCAGGAGGAUGAGUGCACAGCCCACGCUGAGGAGGGGCGUGGGGUUCUUCCAGGGCAGCCCUGAGGAAGCCGGCUGCAGUGCCAGCUUCCGGGGCUUGCUCCCCGAACCCGAAAAUCCCGAGGCACCCAGGAUACCUCGGUCCUGGAAGAUGACCCUAGCUCUCUUGUUUAUGCUGAGUUUUCUUCUUAUAGGACUUCGAAGUCAGCAGUGGCUGAAGGGGGCAGAGUUCUCCCAGAGAUCUGGGCAGCUCUACACUGUGGCGGCCGAGUUUGGGUCAAGGCUUUACAACUACCAGGCCAGGCUUCGAAUGCCCAAAGAGCACCUGGAGCUUCUGAAGAAGGAAAGCCAGACCCUUGAGAGCAAUUUUCGGGAAAUCCUGUUUCUCAUUGAGCAAACCGAGGCCCUCAAGAUGCUGCUGAGGGAUGUGCAGGAAGGUGCACACAACCUCAGCUGGAAGGUCACGGGGGACACGCUCACCGGGGACCAGGACGCAGCCGAGGCCCUAGAAGAGGAAAUGUCCAACUUGGUGAAUUACGUGCUGAAGAAGCUGCGAGAAGACCAGGUGCAGAUGGCAGAUUACGCCCUCAAGUCAGCCGGAGCCUCCAUCAUUGAGUCGGGAACCUCAGAAAGCUACAAAAACGACAAAGCCAAGCUGUACUGGCACGGAAUAGGGUUCCUGAACUAUGAAAUGCCUCCGGAUACCAUCCUUCAGCCGGACGUCCACCCUGGGAAGUGCUGGGCCUUCCCCGGCUCCCAGGGUCACACCCUGAUCAGACUGGCCAGGAGGAUCACACCGUCUGCUGUCACCAUUGAGCACAUUUCAGAGAAGGUAUCUCCCUCAGGAAACAUCUCCAGCGCCCCCAAGGACUUCUCUGUCUAUGGCAUCCUGAGAAAGUGUGAAGGGGAAGAGAUGCUGCUGGGCCGGUUCACGUACAACAAGACGGACAGCACCGUGCAGACGUUUGCACUGCAGCGCCAAGUUCCUGAAUCCAUAUCAUGUGUGAAACUCAAGAUCCUGAGCAACUGGGGACACCCACAGUACACGUGUCUGUACCGAUUCAGGGUCCACGGCAAGCCCAGCGACCACAGCUAGACGGAGCUGCCGAGGGCACGA